GGGAAAGAGACCAAUAUAAACUGUGGCGGGAGAUUCGUUUUUCGAGUCCUUGUGCAGUUAAACCCCCGCGGUUGGGAAGUCAUUUGAUUGCUCUCAUCUCCUCGAGUUUGAACAUGGUGCGGACGAAAGCGGACAGUGUCCCAGGCACCUACAGAAAAGUGGUGGCUUCGCGAGCCCCCAGGAAGGUGCUUGGUUCCUCCACUUCUGCCACUAAUUCCACAUCGCUUUCGUCAAGGAAAGUUGAAAAUAAGUAUGCAGGAGGGAAUCCAGUUUGUGUGCGCCCAACUCCCAAGUGGCAAAAAGGAAUUGGAGAAUUCUUCAGGCUGUCUCCUAAAGAUUCUGAAAAAGAGAAUCGGAUUCCUGAAGAGGCAGGAAGCAGUGGCUUAGGAAAAGCAAAAAGAAAGAAAAUACAAUGACGUCUUCUUGGUAAUCUAAUAGUAGAGCAUGUCCUUUGCCACCUGAUCACUCAGAUGACGAAAAAGAAUAGAACUUUCUUAAUCCAUCCUUGACUAAUGUCUCCUGUUUAUUAUUCUAGGAUGUAAAUUUGCAUAAAUGUAUUUGUUCCAAUUAGCUUUGUUAAACAGGCAUUUAACUUAAAAAAAUGAGGCUUAUAUACUGUUACUCUAAAGCAAGUGAUUAUGAUAUUGGAGAAUUUGUAAGAUUAAUUAUGGUUACUUAGCUUAGUACUCAGUAUAAUGCAGUAUUUGGUUUCUUUUACCUGUUGUUAUUAAGCUUCUUGUUCUUGCUAAAAAUUAAUCAUUGCAUGGUGUUCUAAUUACAAAUCUGCUGUGUUUGAGAUUUGCUUAGAUCUUUGUACUGUUGCCAUUUUUAUUGGCAUUUGAUUAUUGGAAUGGUGCCAUAUUUUUGUUCCUUUCGUUUGCUUUAAGAAGCAGAGUUAGAUUUUUGCACAUUAAAAAAAUUCAGUAUUAAUUAAACUGAACCUAUACCCUUUUCAAGAAAGAGGGCCAAAGAUGCAAUGUUGAAAAAAUUUGGACGGCUAUGUAUCUUCUCCUUCAGGGCAAUUUGGCCUGAGGAUUUAAACAGUUGAUAAAGCUUCUAACAACAAUAAAACAGAUAAAAUUCUAGCAUAGAAUUAGACAGGAAUAUUUCAUAGACUACAUUAAAAGAGAGAAAUUUUCCAAGAAUAUGCAUUUGAUUUAGUAUCAUAAAAUAUUACCCUUUGGGCCAGUAAUUUUAAAGUUGGAAAUCAAUAAAACAUGAAAGGCAACAUGCCAUAAGUCCAGAGAUCUGUCUAGAGUCUUUAGAGCUACCAUUAUAUAUUUUAAGAUAACCAGGGGUAUAAUUGAAGGGGUGGGUAUAAUAUAACUUAGUAACUGAUAUUCUUACUUUCUCAUCACACUUUUUGCUUCCUGGCCUCCUGUUGUCAAAAUUAACCAUGUUUUAACAAGUAUGUUUUUUCUGAACUUUGUUUUUAAUAAAUACUUAUUUUCACAA